AUGUCACAGUCGACCCUCAAAGGUAAACGCAACAAUGGGUCACCCAUCGUCGGCACCAUUCGAGUUACGCCAAGACGGAAGAGUCUGUUCUCGAUGAAGGGCCUCGUCGCGUUCGGAGUGGUGGCGGCACUAAUGAGCCUAGCCGUCGUUUGGCUCGAGUCUAUCAAAGUGAGAGACUCAGAACUGGUCCCCGGAACAGACGGGUGAAUUGAUGCCGCAACAUUGCUUCGAUCGUCGUAACCUGUUCACGCGCUCAUCGUCCCCCACAGCAUACCUGGUACAUCUUCGACUCGCCGACGCUCCAUGCGCUGUGUCGUGAGGCGAUCGCUCUCUACCCGGACGACAUGCCGUCCAUGGCCCAUCAUAUCGUCACAAACCUCACCCUGACCCACAACUCGUAUUCGAUCAACUCCGAACCCUUCUUUGCCUCGCCGCUCGAGCUUGACAACGAAACUCGCGCGGUCAAGGCCUCGUCGUACCGUCCGAAUCCCCGCGAAUGGGUCUUCAACAAUGCUGCAGGCGCGAUGGGAACCAUGUACAUCAUUCAUGCGUCCAUCACCGAGUACCUCAUAAUCUUCGGUACUCCUCUGGGCACUGAAGGCCACACGGGAAGGCAUACAGCCGACGAUUAUUUCCACAUCCUCAAGGGAGAGCAAUGGGCGAGCGAAGCCGGGUCGUUCGACAUCGAGGUGCGUAAAUGCUAUCUUGCAGGCGUCGCGAGGUCCCCCACUCAUGCAUCCAUGCAACGUCGACCGAGCAGCGCUAUCCCGUCGGGACCAUGCACCACCUCCGAAGAGGUGAUGUUAAGCAGUACAAGUUCCACGAAGGUGGAUUCGCUCUCGAGCUUGCUCAAGGUGAGCGGAGUGCUCGUCCUAUAAUCACGAGGCCUGCAGAACCCAGCGCUGCGCAAGCUCAUUCGUUCUCGGUACUUGCCACACUUGCACAGGCUGGAUCCCGCUUAUGCUGCCGAUGGGGCUAGCUGAUACCCUUUCGUCGACCUUGGAUCUACCGACGUUUUAUCACACCGUUCGAAUCACAGGUUCGUUGUCUCUACCGCUUUCGCGCCUGCUCGCCGUCGUGCCGAGGGCUGUCUGCUCGAAAUGCUGA